AUGGAACCCUGCGUCCCAGAGUCUCUGAGCGGGGCAGUGCCAGGGUCAUUGAAAACACCCAGGGACCGGUUAUCCAAAGACAAGGAACUGCUUCGGAUCCUCAGCAUCCUCUGCGUGGACAGACUCACCAGCGCUUCGGUGUUCCUUCAUCCUUGCUCCGAGACGAAAGCAACCGGGCACCCUUCUCCUGACGCUUCACGCUUUUCAUCCUUAAACCUGGAUUUUAAGGUUCCCACCCACCCGGAGAGCCGGCAGUGUGUGCCUGGCGCUGCCCCUUUAAGGGAGGCGGGCUCGGCGCUGCUGCCCGGCCGGCUGAGGCAGAUUCACUUCCAGGAGGAAGCUUCUCCUUAUUCUUUACUUGAUAUCUGUUUGAAUUUCCUGACUGCCAACCUAGAGAAAUUUUGCACAGAAAGGCAAGAUGGAACGCUAUGCUUGCAGGAGCCAGGAAUGUUUCCUCAAGAAGUGGCUGAUCGAUUGCUGCAGACAAUGGCAUUUCAUGGGCUUCUGAAUGAUGGAACUGUGGGCAUCUUCCGAGGCAACCAGAUGCGUUUGAAACGAGCUUGUAUCCGGAAAGCAAAAAUCUCUGCUGUGGCUUUCCGGAAAGCAUUCUGCCAUCACAAGCUGGUAGAACUUGAUGCUACUGGGGUGAAUGCAGAUAUAACAAUCACAGACAUUAUAAGUGGACUUGGCAGCAAUAAAUGGAUCCAACAAAAUCUACAAUGUCUUGUGCUGAACUCACUAACUCUUUCUCUGGAAGACCCAUACGAGAGGUGCUUCAGUCAGUUGUCUGGGCUUCGUGCAUUGAGUAUUACCAAUGUUCUGUUCUACAAUGAGGACUUGGCAGAUGUUGCUUCACUUCCUAGAUUAGAAAGUCUGGAUAUAUCGAACACCUCUGUCACUGACAUAACAGCACUCCUCACCUGCAAAGACCGACUCAAGUCUUUGACCAUGCACCACCUGAAAUGCUUGAAAAUGACCACAACCCAGAUUCUGGAUGUUAUUAGAGAACUAAAAUACCUGAAUCACCUUGAUAUUUCAGAUGACAAACAGUUCACAUCAGACAUAGCGCUUCGUUUACUGGAACAGAAGGAUAUCUUGCCUAACCUUGUGUCUUUGGACAUUUCUGGAAGAAAACAUGUUACGGAUAAAGCUGUAGAAGCGUUUAUUCAGCAACGGCCCACAAUGCAGUUUGUAGGACUGCUAGCUACUGACGCCGGCUACUCAGAAUUCCUAACAGGAGAAGGAAACCUAAAGGUGUCAGGAGAAGCAAAUGAAACUCAGAUUUCUGAAGCACUGAAGCGUUACAGUGAACGGGCCUUCUUUGUGAGGGAAGCACUUUUUCAUUUAUUCAGCCUGACACAUGUAAUGGAAAAAACAAAGCCUGAAAUUUUAAAGCUUGUGGUUAUUGGAAUGAGAAAUCACCCCCUGAACUUGCCCGUGCAGUUAGCAGCAAGCGCGUGUGUCUUUAACCUAACCAAGCAAGAUUUAGCAGCAGGCAUGCCUGUGCGACUUCUGGCUGAUGUCACUCACUUGCUCCUGAAGGCCAUGGAACACUUCCCAAAUCAUCAACAGCUGCAAAAGAAUUGUCUUCUUUCACUAUGCAGUGACAGAAUCCUUCAGGAUGUUCCAUUUAACAGGUUUGAAGCAGCCAAACUUGUUAUGCAGUGGCUGUGUAAUCAUGAAGAUCAAAACAUGCAAAGGAUGGCUGUAGCCAUAAUUUCCAUUCUUGCUGCAAAGCUUUCAACAGAGCAAACAGCUCAACUUGGAGCAGAACUCUUCAUUGUUAGGCAACUUCUACAAAUAGUUAAACAGAAAACAAAUCAGAACCUUGUAGAUACUACCCUCAAGUUCACAUUGAGUGCACUUUGGAACCUCACUGAUGAAUCUCCAACAACAUGUCGGCACUUCAUUGAAAAUCAAGGGCUAGAACUUUUCAUGAGAGUCUUAGAGUCUUUUCCAUCUGAAUCAUCCAUCCAACAGAAAGUUCUUGGACUUCUGAAUAACAUAGCUGAAGUUAAAGAACUCCAUUCUGAGUUAAUGUGGAAGGACUUUAUAGACCACAUCAGUAAAUUAUUGCACAGUGUGGAGGUGGAAGUUAGCUACUUUGCAGCAGGGAUUAUUGCUCAUUUGAUAUCUCGAGGAGAGCAGGCCUGGACGUUAAGUCGCAGCCAGAGGACAUCUCUCCUUGAACAGCUGCAUUCUGCCAUCUUGAAUUGGCCAACCCCAGAAUGUGAGAUGGUAGCUUACAGGUCUUUCAAUCCGUUUUUUCCACUACUUGGCUGUUUCAUGACACCUGGUGUCCAGUUAUGGGCAGUGUGGGCCAUGCAGCAUGUCUGCAGCAAAAAUCCUGCCAGAUACUGCAGCAUGUUAAUUGAAGAAGGUGGUUUACAGCAUUUAUACAACAUCAAGGAAAACGUCCAGACUGAUCCACAUGUCCAAAGGAUUGCUAUUGCCAUCCUAGAUAGUUUGGAAAAACACAUUAUGCGUCAUGGGAGACCACCACCAUGUAGAAAACAGCAACAAAAUAAACCAAACUGAAAGCUGCAGGUAUAGGAAUGUAAAGUAUUGUCUCUGUAAUAAUCCUUUCUGAUGUGUGUGUAGUUGGAGUAACUUGUAAUAUAGUGGUCACCAUUAAAGUGAUUUGCCGAUAAUUGUGGUACCCAGAACCAUGUACGGUAACCUUUGGUGAAUGUCAACUUUAAUGGCAACCUCAUAUGCAACCUGUAAAGGGUCACUGCUUGAGCUGGUCAUACCUGUAGGAUUACUACUGGCUACAAAGAGAUGGGACUUGUACAGAUCAAUAUGCACAUCUGAAAAAAGACUUCUAGGAAUAUCUUGUUUUGUGACUUCUGGGAGAGAAAGUUAUUUCAUCCCUAUGAUUGCUGUUCACAACACUGUUUACCAGUUUGGUGUUUGAAUAGAACUGUGUGUGGUUGUGAGAUUCAACACUUUUACCAAUUAAAACAAAAGUGCAUGCAGGUUACAAUGAGACUUGUAACUAAGGUGACCAAAAUGUCCAUUGCCUCAUAACCCUUCUAAACUAAAAUGGGGUCUUUAACUUCCUUUUCCUUUUGCCUGCAAGCUGUGUUCUUCUGUUUUCCUUGCUGCUAGAACAAUGCCUUUUUGAGGUUCAGCUCUCCUGAGUCCUCCCUACUCUUAGUAAGGUGGGGAUCAGCAUUGCAUCAGGGAAAUGGGAGACAUGCUCAAGUAAAGCAAUAGAAACAGGAUUAAAAUGAGACACAGUACUAAAAGGAUGAACUAAGCUUGAGAUUUUAAACUUGAUAACAAGAAGGGGGUUUUGUUGUUGUUUGACUACUUUUGGUUGUGUGUGAUAGCUUUCUUUUGUUUUUAGAAUACUGAUAGGGAAAGGAGAAGGCUCAUUAGAGCAAAAUACUGACUUGUCUUCAUGAAGGGGAUUGCAUGACUUUGGUAGGAGGCCCAGGAUAUUUGGUCACCUUAUUUAUAAGAGACUAAUGAUUGGUCUGUUCUUUUCUGUAAAUAUUCUGUCAGUAUUGUGCAGUGAAUUAUAUUUCCAAGUCAUCACAGUGCAAAAUAUCACCCAAUGUUCUAUGUGAGCCCUGUGUCCAUUGCAUUGUUUUGUGGAGUGUGAAAUUUUACAUAAAAGAUGCUAAUUGUAACAACUUAUUUCUUUCUUGGUUACCUAUGGGUUUCAAAUGAUGUGUUGAAUGAAACAUAUUGCGCAGCAUACAGAUGCCUGGAAGCAAAUUGCAUGUCCAUUCAAAUUCAGUUUAAUUUCAGGUAUUGUUUUUAUCUGGUUAGUCUCCAUAUUUCCAUGGCAACUGAUUGAUAUUCAGAGACUAUUCUGUAAAUAUAUUGGUAAUUGAGUUUAAAAAGAAAACUUACAUUUGGUAGCUUACUAGCAGGGAUGGCUUCUUCAUGAUGACCAUAUUUUACUAUUUUUAACUAUUUCCCUCUCCCAACUCCCAUCCUUCAAAUAAAAACAUGACCUCUAAUCUUCAAUAAUCUAAUUAUUGUGUAUUUCAGCAACUUCAAAAGGUACUGAUCCAGUAAUUUAAUCAAUGUUGUGUAAUUGCUUUUUGUACAAAGGUAUAAUUCGGCUAGCAUCGUUUUCAUGUGUGCAUCUGGUUAUAUAUAGUUUUCUUGACUCAGAAAGAAAUUAAAUUGGUUGUAGCUUUGAAUUAUGAAGGUGGUUUAAAAAAUGAAAAAUGGACUCCAAGCCUUUACUCCCCACCCUUCUGAGAUGUCUGCUAUGGGACUUCUGCUAUGAAAUUUCCAUUACAUGAAAUGGAACGCAAAACUUGUCAAAAUUGGUGUUAAUAGAAUGAAUAUAAAUCAAUUGCUACAAGAUUUUAAAAUAAAGACGACAACUCUCCUUACAGUACUGGUUUUUCCUAAUAACAGGAAAACUUGCUGAAGCAUCUUAACUAAAACCGUGGGGGGAAAAAAGAAUCUACUACUACAUGCAGCACAAAAUGUAUGUGAUACUGGCAUCAGUCCAGAUGGUGAAGACGUCACUUCAUAAAGUUCUGCAACCAGCAAGCACAGAGAUUGUAAAUGAUUUUCCGUACCUUUCUUGUUUUGUUCCUACAUGCUUCAGGCAAACAAACAGUGAGCAGAAUUCUUUUAAGCUGAAAAGUAUGAAUGCCUACAAGGUAUAAAUCCACUAACUUUACUUGCAUGUCCCAAUUACAGAAAGGUCUCUUCACAUUCCUGUGGAGCUUCAGGAGUUCCUGCCAGGGUAGAAUAAUUCUGGAAGCAACUUUUCAACUCUUCUAUUUCACCUGUGGCAUUUGUCAUCUUUUUUGUGAAGGCUGAAGAUCCUGGCUCUGCUUUACCUUUGCAGAUCUUUGCAUAGGAAACUUGUACAUGUAUAAUCUGGUAAGGUUACCUCACGCACAGAAUUGUUCGGUUAGCUUUUGGCACAAGUGAAAUUGUGGUUUGCUUUGAGACUAUCUUAGCAUGAAGUGACGCCCAGUUCCAAUGUGAUAAGCCACAUUUUGUAAGUAUAUUUUGAUAACCUAUAAAUUAUUUACUAAAAGUAUGUUUCUCUAACUAUACUAAUUCACUUUUGCUUGAAAGCCCCCACCUAGGGAAGUAAGAAGCCAUAGAGCUAAAUUGUGUGGCAUGUCUCAGUGCUGGAGAACCUCUAAGCAGACGGAGAAAAUAACUUCAACUUCCAGUCAGGCAACAGAGGAAAAUAGGUGAUGAGAGAGAGGUGACGUGCCAGAGAUGUCUGGCAUAGACUGAUAUGGUGGUCAUACAUACAUGGACAUACAGGCCUUGCCUUUUCUCAGGCGCUGAUACCAAAGAGACUAAGUUCACUUGGCUGGAGUGGUAGCUCUGUUUUUUGCACUAUUCAGAACAGAUCUGGGGUGAAAUGCCAUUGCUGUGUGUUAAUACUCCUUGUUCUGUCUGAUUAGCUGGAAGACUACUGAUAAUGGGAAGCAAGCUUAGGAAAGUUUUCUUUCUUUGUAAGUUGACUUCCUCUUCAGAGUGAUUUUUUUAC